CUGGCAUAUAAAAAUGUGGGCACGGCUCGGAGAGCUAACAGUUAGCAGCUAGUCGCAGCAGAAGUGUAGUGUCUUAGUUGUAGUCAUGACUCAUCAACACGCACAUAUUCAGUGACACGCGCACUCACAUGCACGGACAGAUCGACAGAGGCCUGUUUUCACGCACGGUGCGGGGUUUCGCGGAUGUUUACUAGUUGUUUGCCUUUGGUUGGAAUUAUUCAUGACGGCGCUCCGGGAUUGGUGGAGUCCGCGGCAGGGGCGGGGCUAGAAGGGUUUUUGGGUAUGUGGGAGGGGGUGUUAGCCACUACACACACACUCACACACACACAAACAGGUCUAUUUGUGUCACAUACACACACACAGAGUGUGCGAAAAUAUUGGAAACCGAGAGUCGGGGGGGUCAGAAGACGACAACAAGUGGACUCAGCUGACUCGUACAGGACGAUCACUAUGAUUGGCUGAUCUGUCCUCAGGUGGAAGAUGAUCAGGAUGUCAUUGGACAAAGAGACUGUCCUCGCUCAUGAUGCGCCCAUCAGAGUCAGCCCCCCCUUCCCUGCCAAUAUCGCCCUAUCAGAGCAGCAGCAGUUGACUAAGACCCGCCCCCUCUGUCCUAAAAAUGGCCUGCAGCCAACGGGUAACAGCCAGCCCCCCCAUGCCGGCCCUCCCCCCCCCGCUCAGCGAAAUAUAAAGAGGCGUUACUCCGUGGGCGCCGGCUUCAAGGGACUGGCCAAGCGCCGUCGCCGUGCCAACAGUGACAGCCAGUCAGAGUCUGUGCUGCCUAGUCACUUUCUCUUGGGCGGGAACAUCUUCGACCCGCUGAACCUGAACUCGCUGUUGGACGAAGACGUCAACAGAGUGACCAAUCAGGAAACACCAAAGUGCUCGCCCCUGCCAUCACGGGGCGGUGACCCCGUAGAGAUCCUGGUUCCACGCGACAUCACCGACCCCCUGAACCUGAAAGGAGGUGGGGGAGACGGGACAGCGGCAGGGGGGGUCCUGCUGUCCCCCGUGAAGUCCAGGAAGAGACACAGGAACAGACACCAUGGCGGAGGAGGGGGAGGUGAAGGGGACAGGGAGGUGAUACCUGCUCGACUGUUUCCCUCCACAGCUGCACUGGCGGUACCUCUGUUGACCACAGAGGGCAGUGCUUCUGCGUCUCCUCUUCCCUGCGAACUCAACACGGCCAUCACCUGUCGAGACGAUGUAGCCCCGCCCCCCAUACUCCCUAGGAGACACACGCACCCUCCACCAGGCCACACCCACAAACCCGGCAACCAGGGUGAUGGUCGCCAACGGAGACGGCGACGCACCACCUCAACUAGGUUAGCAGACGGCAAUGCGAAUGCUGUCACCGCGACAACAGCGACUCAAACAACUAAGUUCCAGACACCACUGAUGGGAGAGGCAAAAAGUGGCAGGUGUGGAGGACCUCAGCCUGGCUCCGCUCGACCAGAGAGGAGGAGGAAGGACAAACACCGAUACCAGCAAGGCAACCACAGUCGUCACUAUGGCUACCAUGGUUUCUAUGGUGAUGGAUGGGAGGGGCGGGUGGGGGCGGAGGAGGACCCACGUCUCCGCCUCCUGGAAGCUUAUUGGUUCAGAGACAAGACUGUGCUAGACAUGGGCUGCGGUGCAGGGCACAUGGCCAUCAGCAUUGCCCGGAGGUUUGACCCCGUCCACAUUCUGGGGGUGGAGCUAGACAAACGAUUGGUCCACGCUGCCAAGCAGAACGUCAGGCACUUCCUGUCACAUGACCUGGUUGUGGAGGAGAGGAAGAGGAAGAGGGGAGGAACGACAGACCCCUCUCCUACAAGGAAAGGGGGAGGAGCGGAGGGGGAGGAGGAGAAGAAGGAGGAGGAGGAAGUGAUGGAGGCGUUACAGCAGGCGCUCUCCCUCCUCUCCCUCCCCCUGUCAUUCAGGGUGAGUCGGGGUCCUCUAUCUGCUCCUCCGCUUCUCCCCCCUUCGCCCUCCUCCUCCUCCAAGUUCCCCAACAACGUCACCUUCAUUCAGGGCGACUGUGUAUCAGAGCGGGACGCGUGGUCGGGGCGGGGUCAGUAUGAUGUUGUCAUGUGUAUGGGACUGACCAAAUGGGUGCACCUGCAGUCAGGUGACUGGGGCGUGGUCAGACUGUUCAAACGUGCCUAUCAGAGCCUGUCACUGGGUGGAUUAUUCAUCCUGGAGCCACAGCCGUGGAGCAGCUACGGCCGCAGCAAGAGGGCCUCGGAGACAACGCGUCGUCACUUCAGCAGCGUGAGGCUGAGACCUGAACACUUCACCUCCUACCUGACAGACACUGUGGGCUUCUCCUCCUACAGGCUCCUCAAACACACAGGUAUGUCGUCAGACACACACGACGCAAACCUGACUGCAGGGCCCGGUCAUGUCGUCGUCGCAGGUUUAACUCCAGAUGUGCAGUGACUGUGUUUUGCCUUCGGGGGGGACAGGUGGUGAGAGCAGGUUCAGUUGGAAAUGACACGUGUAGACCACCAGGGGGCAGAAGAACCACAGUUCACAGAGGUUUUUAUUGUUAUUGACAAUGAUGUGAACACGUUUGUCCGAACAUGUGAACGGACACGGUCCGAAUCUUACAAUCUGGCCAAUAAGAAGGUAGUCACGUGUGUUGUCACAGGGUCGACACAUUUAAUGGUCGCGAGCUGCGUCAGAGACAAGGUUUGAUUUCCCUUCAGUGAGAACCAUAAGGAAGCAGUUGUUUGUUAGCGUCACGGUGAGCGUCCAGCUGAUCAGGUUGGGAGCUCAUCAGUCAUGGAGAUUUCUGAAUAACAUGUGUGUGUGUGCGUUUGCCAGGUAACCAGCGGCCGAUCUACCUGUUCCACAAAGGCCCCGCCCAGAGGAAGUGAGGUCACCGGACGGGAUGUGACGGGCCUUCCUCUCAAG